AUGAAACUUUUCGAAAGUAACCAUCAUUUUGAUUAUUCGUGGGAGCAGGUGACUGCGGCCAAUUGGCAAAAGUACCCCAAUGAGCUUUCGACUCACGUGGUUUCGGUCGACAUUUUGGACCGGUCCAUCGAUACCGAAAAGAAGAUUUUACGCACAGAACGACUUAUAGGUUGCAAACAGGCAAUUCCAAGAUGGCUCUCAUGCAUAAUUGGUGGACAGGACUUGUCGUAUGUGCGGGAAGUCAGUGAAGUGGACUUGCAGAACAAAACGUUGGUGAUGAAGUCCCACAAUAUGACGAUGAGCCAUUUAUUAUUGGUUAAUGAAACUGUAACGUACCGUCCCGACCCCGAAUGUCCCGACAGCCGAACCACCUUCACCCAGGCUGCGGAGAUCACAGCAUAUGCAUCGAUCCGCCGAUUAUGUGAACGCAUAGAAGAUUGGUCGGUGGAAAGAUUCGGACAGAAUGCCAAGCGAGGGAAAGCAGGGUUCGAGAGUGUUCUCAAGUUGUUGCUGGAGAAAUUGGACGAGUCUGAAGUAUUCGUUUCUGACGUGAGUCAAACAUUGAUGAAGGAUAUCAAUAACGUUGGGGAGAAGACCAGCGGGGUGUUGAACGAGGUGAGAAAGUUGAAAUUGUUUCUGGAAGAAACCAAAUAG